UCUUAAAUCAGAGGAAGUGAAGCCUAGGCAAGGGGAAGCGCCGUCGUCUCCUGUUUACUAUUAUUAUUCCAAAUAUCAGAUCAAACUGCUGGCCGCCAUUUGAUCUUUCUUCUCCAACUCAACUGCUUUCAGCAGUUGAAUUCUCUCCAUAUCUUUCACGCGAGAUUAAAGGAGAAGGACACGAAGGAUGUCGAUUUUUCUAGCUUCACGUCGUUUAUCAUCUGGAUUUACGAAGUCGACUCGCUUUACUACUUCCUGGAGAUCGAUUUCUACGUCUUUCAGGGAAGAAAAGGACACUUUUGGGCCAAUUCUCGUCCCUUCCGAUAAGUUAUGGGGAGCUCAGACUCAGAGAUCGUUGCAGAAUUUUGAUAUUGGGGGCGAUCGAGAACGGAUGCCUGAACCAAUUGUUCGUGCUUUUGGUGUCCUUAAAAAGUGUGCUGCCAAGGUGAAUAUUGAGUAUGGUCUUGAUCCAGUAAUAGGAAAGGCAAUCAUAAUGGCAGCACAAGAAGUGGCAGAAGGGAAGUUAAAUGAUCAUUUCCCUCUUGUCAUAUGGCAAACUGGAAGUGGAACCCAGAGUAAUAUGAACGCUAAUGAGGUGAUUGCAAAUAGAGCAGCUGAAAUUCUUGGUCAUAAAGCAGGUGGAAAGUUUGUGCAUCCAAAUGAUCAUGUGAACAGAUCACAGUCUUCUAAUGACACAUUUCCAACUGUGAUGCAUAUUGCGGCUGCAACAGAAUUAAAUUCUAGACUGAUACCAAAUUUGGAAACCUUACAUUCUACACUACUUUCCAAGUCUAUUGAGUUCAAAGACAUCGUUAAAAUCGGACGAACCCACACCCAAGAUGCCACUCCUUUGACUCUUGGGCAAGAGUUUAGCGGCUACGUAACACAAGUCAAAUAUGGAAUUGAGCGAGUUAUGAGCACUCUACCUCGCAUGUAUCAGCUUGCACAAGGUGGAACUGCUGUGGGGACUGGAUUAAACACGAAGAAAGGGUUUGAUGUGAAGAUUGCAGCUGUAGUAGCUGAGGAAACAGGCUUGCCAUUUGUAACAGCAGAGAACAAAUUUGAAGCUCUGGCUGCACACGAUGCUUUUGUUGAAACUAGUGGCUCCUUAAACACUAUAGCUGCAUCCCUAUUUAAGAUUGCUAAUGACAUCAGGUUCUUAGGAAGUGGUCCGAGGUGUGGACUAGGGGAACUCAUUCUUCCCGAGAAUGAACCUGGAAGCAGUAUUAUGCCUGGGAAAGUGAAUCCUACUCAAUGUGAGGCUCUCACUAUGGUUUGUGCUCAGGUUAUGGGAAACCAUGUUGGAAUCACAGUUGGUGGAUCAUGUGGCCACUUUGAGCUGAAUGUGUUCAAGCCUAUGAUUGCUAAUAGUCUACUUCAUUCACUGAGAUUGUUAGGAGAUGCAUCUGCCUCUUUUGAGAAGAAUUGUGUAAGAGGAAUUCAAGCUAAUGAAGAAAGAAUCUCAAAAUUACUUCACGAGUCACUGAUGCUUGUCACAUCUUUGAACCCGAAAAUCGGUUAUGAUAAUGCUGCUGCUGUUGCUAAGAAGGCUCACAAAGAAGGAAGCACCUUGAAGGAUGCUGCUUUGAAACUGGGAGUGCUAACGAGUGAAGAGUUCGACACUCUGGUUGUACCGGAGAAAAUGAUUGGUCCGUCUGAUUGAUGAUGUCAUUCGAGAAUCGAGGUUAGAUGUUAUUUAUUUUUUUCUGCUUCCUUUCAAUAAUAAGUUAAUUAAGGAAGGAGAUAAAAUAAAAUUCAAACAAUCAUAAUUUUUAUUAACAUUCUUAAGGUCUUUGUUAACAAAGAAUGAGAUUGUGGUAAUUUUUUUGUGUGUGUGGAAGUUACAAGAGAGUUGUUAAAUUUUACAUGGUUAGCUUAUAGAGAUGUAUUAGCUAUACCAUGUUAUAAGUUUUAUUUAAGCUUGCUGUUAAAAACUUCAGCAACCAUUUUCUGUGUUAUUGCAAUCAUUUUUCCAUGAUUA